AUGUCGACAAAUGAGUUUGAGUUCUUAAAGAUUGAGAAAUACAUUCUGAAAGUGCAUAUGAAUUGCCAAGGGUGCAUGCAGAAAGUGAGGAAACUCCUCCGGAAAAUUGAAGGUGUUUAUCAAGUAAGCAUAGAUGCAGAAGAGCAGAAAGUCACUGUAACAGGUAGUGCAGAUUCAGCUACAUUGAUCAAUAAGCUGGUCAGAUCUGGUAAACAUGCAGAGCUUUGGUUUCCAAGUUCCCAAAAGAUACAAGCCAAAUUAACCGAUGAGGACAAUAACCAGAACCAAACCCAAUAUCUGACUAAUGGCCUAAAUGCCUACAAAGAUCUUCACCUCCUCCCCAACUUCUUAGGCAGAGAAGAUGUUGAGUGGGCAUCUGAUUGGAAUUUUAAUCAGAGUAGGGGGACCGAGGCAGUGAUAGAUGGUGAAUUCGAUCAAAACUUGAUAGCAGCAAUGCAAAAUGUACGUCUGGGUGAGGAUGGAGUCACAAUUGGCAAUCAUGACAAACUGGAAAACAACAUGUCACCAGUAAGCAGCCUCGCAGGUUUUCAUCACAAUGGUGCUGGUUUUGUUGGCUUAGGAGGUCAUGAAUUUGGCCAUGGGUAUCAAGAUAUUUCUACAGGGAUUAAGACUUACGUGUACGACCAUCCAUCGUCGAUGAUGAUGACCAAUGGGCAGGGGUACCCCGACAUCUAUCCACCUACAGCGAUGAUGAACAUCAACUUACAAGACAGAAACACCAUCGACAAUAAGAUGAUAAAUGACAAUGUGUACAUGAAUCAACCCUGGAUGGCAAAUCAUAAUCUUCGAUAG